AUGGCUUUCGCUCUGAAUCCUCCCUCCGACAACACCAACACUAUGACGUCUUCGAACGGUCUGGCCUUCGGCUCGAGCCCAGAGGACCUCCGCCUCAAGUUCAUGACGCUCCUAGCCAUGUACGACCUCCUCCCUUACUCCAUCUCGCACCCUCCCAACGCCCGGGAGCCGCUCGACCUCAAGUCCGCGAUCGACGCCAACUCUCUACAGCGCUGUUUGAUAUCAAUGACACAGCAAGGCAUCCUCACAGAGGACGAGGCCCGCUCCCUCUCCGCUGUGUACAACACGGAAUACACGCACAAUAUGAAUGCAUCGAGCACAAGACCGAACCAGUCCUCCUGA